AUGCUACAUCCUAAUAAUUCAGUAGUCGAUAUGUCUAGCACUGGAAACAUGAAUGAAAAUACAGAUGCUCCACCGAAACAGCAGACGAAAAAGAAAAUAUCAAAACAGAAUUCAACCAAAACCGAUUUUUUUGCUGCACGAUUGGCUAGUGCGGUUGACGAUAUAGAAAGCAGUGAUAGUGAUGAAACGUUUAUAUAUGAGAAUAAUGAUACUGAACUUGAUGAUAAUGCUAGUAAUAUUAACAAUAACAACAAUAACAGCACCAAUAACAUUAUCAAUUUAGAUAAUGCUAGUGUUAACGGAAGUAUGAUUGCUUCAUCCAAUGCAAUGGUGACUGGUCCUCCCGGAACAUCGAUAGCGUUAGGAUCGGGCCUUCGAUCGCCAUCCAUACUAGAGGGGGAACAGCUUCAAUAUUUUCAUGACCCAGUGAGGCAACAACAGUUCAAACUUCCUUCUACCAAGGCUCCGUCAAUUUCCAACUCCAUCAGCAGUUCAAAUAAUAUAGAUUCAAUACUUAAACGACCUGUACAUCUACGUGAGGCAUCAACGUAUUCAGUGAAUGAUAAUGACCACCGAAAUCUUGUGCUACCAAACUCAACUGAAAGGUUUACUGCUUCACCUUCGAACAAUAUUGGUAAUGAAAAUAUACCUCAAUACCAGAAAACUAGUAGUGUUGCCCACUCAAUCAAUGAAGGAUACAAUGAUGAUACAUUUUCAUAUAAUGAAGUUGAGGAUAAUUUAAUUGAUGAAGAUUCCACGGACGAUGGGGAUUUGACAAAAAAUACCAUUACUAAUAACAACAAUCCACCAACCACGUCGAGCCAACAGCAACCACAACCGCAACCACAGCCGCAACCACAGCAACCACAACUACAUACUCUGUCUCCUCUAAAUCAGAUACAAGCAGCGACAUCAGCAACACCUUCUGUGUCCACUAAAAACGCGUCUAAAAGAAAUUACAAAACCUCAUCCACUUCCUCAAAAUUAAGAUCAACUACAUCAAAACUUUUCGAUAAAAAAGGGUCACAACCAAGAAGAUACAGUACCAUUCCUGAUGAUAUUGACAUUGAAGAUUUCGAUGAUGAGCUUAUAUACUAUGACAACACAGCUAGGUUCCCAGCGAACGAAUCAACUUCAUUACUAAAUCAAAACCAAAGAAUCCCCCAUUAUAGAUCACUUAAUUUGAAUUUCCCUCAGGUGAAGCGCCAAAGCAAGCGUUAUUUGUCAACUGGCCAACCUUUAGAGAGUUCUGAUCGUGGCUCUAACAAAGAUGGUACUGAUAAUGGAAACAACAGUGAUCACAAUAUUAAUUCUCCUUUGACUGCUAAUAAUAAUAAUAAUAACGUCAAUCACAACGAUCAUGGUGAUAACAAAAAGAGUAAUACCAACAACAACAACAUUGCUAAUAAUAGAGCAUUUCCAUUUCCUUAUCAAGAUCAACAACAUCAUUAUUACUACGACUACGAUGAUUUUGACCAAGAAUCACAAAUCAAUGGACCCAAUUUUGAUUUGCCAGACCUCCCUAUAAACAGAUCAGCUUCACGGAAUUUUAACAACAACAAUAACCCCAAAAGAUUUGGCGACAGUCAUUUUUUUCUACCAAGAAAGACAGAUCAGUAUAGUCAAAGAACAAGCUUUCUAAAGUCAUGCAUUCAUACCUUUGUUUGUAUAUUAAUUGUGCUUACCAUAGGGUUUGUGUUGGGGUUUGUUUUGGCCACAACAAAAGAUUUAACUGAUGUAGGUAUCACAUCCAUUGAGAACCCCAUUGUUAGUAAAGAUGAGUUAGUUUUCAAUGUUGUUAUUGAAGCAUUUAAUCCAGGGUGGUUUUCCGUUGACAUCAAUGAAGUAGAGUUGGAUUUAUUUGCAAGAAGUGGCUAUCUACCUGAUACAGAUAAUCUGAAAAUAUCUAACAUGGGAGGGUCACAAAAAGUAGAGACGGUUAAAUUAGGAACGAUUUUGAAUUUUGAAUCGGUUCUCAAUUUCAAAGGUGGGUUUCUCUCUCGAGAACCGACAAUUCAAAAGGGAGGAAUCCGAUUAUUAUAUCCUGGCAAAAAUGUUACUGCCGAGGCUAAAUUGGUUGUAAAUAUGGCUGAUAUUAAAAUAGCUGCUUCCAAUAGCAUUGCUAAAGAAAGCACUACUAGUAAUGACACCAACGAUAAUGACAACUCCAAGAAGUGGGAAAUCAUAUCAAGCAAUCCAUUUGAUUUGAUUAUAACUGGAGUAUUGAAGUAUGAUUUACCAUUUUCAAGAACCUCAAGAUCAGUCGUGGUUAGAAAAACUGGGUAUAUUGAUCCUACCUUAUUCGUAAUACCACAAGGAGAGAAUAAUAUUUCAAUUUAG